AUGUUAUUUAGUAUUUGGCAGUUGAGAACAACUGUCUAUGUUUUAUUUCUGGCAUCGUGUCUAGGACAAGAACUAUUUCGUACUUGUGAGCGUGACUAUUGUUAUGAGAGAUCUGUCGAGCUUAGACAGGCAAAAACUGAUGUUAUCAGGCAUUCAGAUGAUACAAGCAAUGAACAUCGUGAAGUUUUAAUACGAUUAGACGAACAAGAUGUUACCAGACGUAUAGAUGACAGUCGUGAACAACGUCAAACUUUAUGGCAAUUAGAUGAUCGUGAAUCCUAUGAAAACAAACGCGAUCGAUUGGAAAAUCUGAAAAACUUACGAAGAAUCAGCGAACGUCACGACAACCAGGAAGAACGUUAUGAAAACCCAAGACAGUUAAAUAAACCUGACGUUCAACGUGUUGAAAUGAAACGAUCAGAAAAUACUCGUAUUUCUCGACGUACACAAGAACAACUUUCUCAAAGGGAUCGUGAAUCUAGACAGCGUCGUGAUAAAAACAAACUGGAACGUGAUGAAACUUUAAGACGUCUUGAUGACCUCAAAGGCCAACGUGAAAUUAACAGACGUUUAGAAGACAACUCUGGCAAACGUGAAGCUCAACGUGACGUUAGAAGAAGUACAGAUGAAACUCGUGAAUCUGAGCGUAUCGCUGUACUACAUUCUGAAAGAAAGCGGGAAUCAGCACAACAUUAUAAUGAAAAUAAACAGCAACGAGUAGAAUCUUUAAGUCGGCUUAACGACCGUGAUAGUACCAGACGUUUAGACGAUAUUCGCAAUUCUCAACUUUCCGAAAGAGAACGAGAAUCAACACAACGCAGUCAUGUUGAACGAGUAGAACGUGAUGAACUUUUAAGACGUCUUGAUGAUCGUCAAUCCCUAAGGACAACCAGUUUAGAAGACAGUCGUGAAGAACGUCGUGAAACUUUAAAACACUUGGAUGAACGUGAAGCUAGCAGACGCUCAGACGAUACUCGUGAUACUGAACGUACAGAUGAGCGACUUUCUCGAAGAGAACAGGAAUCCAGACGUCAUGAUAAAAAUAAUCGUAAUCGAGUAGAACGCGAUGAAACUUUAAGAAGUCUUGAUGAUCGUCAAGCUCAACGUGAAAUCAGCAGGCGUUCAGAAGACAACCGUGAAGAACGUCGUGAAACUUUCAGACAGUUGGAUGAACGUGAAGAUAGCAGACGCUCAGGCGAUAUUCGUGAUACUCAACAUAUAGAUGAGCGACUUUCUCGAAGAGAACAGGAAUCUAGACAACGUCGUGAUGAAAAUAUACUUGAACGCGAAGACCGUGGUGAACUUUUAAGACGUGCUGAUGAUCGUCAAUCCCCACGGGAAAUCAGUUUAGAAGACAACCGUGAAGGACGUCGUGAAACUUUAAGACAAUUGGAUGAACGUGAAUCCAGCAGACGAUUAAUUGAUACUCGUGAUACUAAACGUAUAGAUGUACGACUUUCUCGAAGAGAGCAGGAAUCCAGACGUCCUGAAAUUUCCAGACAUAUUGAUGAUCGUCAAGAUCAACGUGAAAUGAACAGACGUUUAGAAAACAAACUUGAAGAACGUCGUGAAUCUUUAAGACAAUUGAAUGAACGUGAAGCCAGCAGACGCUCAGCCUAUAUUCGUGAUAAUCAACGUAUAGAUGAGCGACUUUCUCGAAGAGAACAGGAAACAAGACAACGUCGUGAUGAAAAUAUAAUUGAACGUGGUGAACUUUUAAGACGUCUUGAUGAUCGUCAAUCCCCACGGGAAAUCAGUUUAGAAGACAACCGUGAAGAACGUAGUGAAACUUCAAGACGUAUUGAUGAUAGUCGAGCCCAACUUGAAAUCAGCAGACGUUCAGAAGACAAGCGUGAAGAACAUCGUGAAACUUUGAAACAAUUGGAUGAACGUGAAGUUCAAUGUGAUGUUAACAGACGUUCAGACGAUACUCGUGAUAUUCAACUUAUAUAUGAGCGACUUUCUCAAAAAGAACGGCAAUCCAUACAUCGUCGUGAUGAAAAUAAUAAUCGUGAACGAGUAGAACCUGUUGAUAUUUCAAGACAUAUUGAUGAUCGUCAAGAUCAACGUGAAAUCAACAGACGUUCAGAAGACAACCGUGAAGAACGUGAGAGAGAAUUCGAAUCUAGACAACGAAGUGAUGAAAAUAAUCGUGAACGAGUAGGACGUGAUGAAACAUUAAGACGACUUGAAGAUCGUCAAGCCCAACGAUCAGAACGUCAAACAGAGCGGGAAUCUAGACAACGUCGUGGUGAAAUUUCAAGACGUAUUGGUGAUCGUCAAAAUCAACGUGAAAUCAGAAGACGUGCAGAAGACAAUCGUGAAGAACGCCAGAAAGAAUUGGAAUAUAUACAAAGACGUGUUGAAAAUAAUCGUAAAGUAAUAGAACGUGGUGAAACAUUAAUACGACUUGAAGUUCGUCAAGCCCAAGAUGAUGUUAGCAGUCGUUCAGAAGACAACAGUGCAGAACGUCGUGAAUCAUUAAGACAAUUGGAUAAACGUGAAGCCAGCAGACGCUCAGCUGAUAUUCGUGAUACUCAACGUAUAGAUGAGCGACUUUCUCGAAGAGAACAGGAAUCCAGACAACGUCAUGAUGAAAAUAUAAUUGAACGUGGUGAACUUUUAAGACAUCUUGAUGAUCGUCAAUCCCCACGGGAAAUCAGUUUAAAAGACCACCGUGAAGAACGUCUUGAAACUUUAAGACAAUUGGAUGAACGUGAAUCUAGCAGACGUUCAGACGAUACUCGUGAUACUAAACCAAUAAAUGAGAGACUUUCUCGAAAAGAGCAGGAAUCGAGUCAACGUCGCGAUGAAAAUAAACUUGAACGAGUAGAACGUGUUGAAAUUUCAAGACGUAUUAAUGAUCGUCAAGAUCAACGUAAAAUCAGCAGACGUUCAGAAGACAACCGUGAAGAACGCCGUGAAUCUUUAAGACAAUUGGUUGAAGGUGAUGUUAGCAGAAGUUCAGAAGAUACUAGUGAUACUCAACUUAUAAAAGAGCGACUUUCUCAAAAAGAACGGGAAUCCAGACAUCGUCGUGAUGGAAAUAAUCGUGAACGAGUAGAACGUGCAGAAUCUUUAAGACUUCUUGAUGACUAUGAAGACCAAAGAUAUACCGACAGGGAAUCAAUACGUCGUGAUGAAAAUAAUCGUGAACGAGUAGAAAGUGAUGAAACAUUAAGACGACUUGAAGAUCGUCAAGCCCAACGUUCAGAACGUCAAACAGAGCCGGAAUCUAUACAACGUCGUGAAGAAAAUAAACUCGAACAAGUAGAACGUAGUAAAAUUUCAAGACGUAUUGGUAAUCGUCAAAAUCAACGCGAAAUCAGCAGACGUUCAGAAGACAACCGCGAAGAACGUGAGAGAGAAUUGGAAUCUAGACAACGAAGUGAUGAAAAUAAUCGUGAACGAGUAGGACGUGAUGAGACCUUAAGACGACUUGAAGAUCGUCAAUACCAACGUUCAGAACGUCAAACAGAGCGGGAAUCUAGACAACGUCGUGUUGAAAAUAAACUUGAACGAGUACAUCGUGAUGAAAUUUCAAGACGUGUUGAUGAUCGUCAAGAUCAACAUGAAAUCAGCAGACGUUCGGAAGACUACCGUGAAGAACGUCAGAGAGAAUUGGAAUCUAGACAACGAAGUGAUGAAAAUAGAAGUUUAGAAGUUACUCGUGAAUCUAUACGUAAUGAACGGAAAUCAACUGAAAAUCGUAAUGAAAAUGAAAGGGAACGCCAAGAAACUUCAAGGCAAUUUGAAGAACGAACUUAA